UCGUCUUCCUGCUUUCUUUCAGUUUACUUCCCAAAUCCAAUGCAGGAGUAGCAGCCUACAUAAUAGAGGCUCGGUUCAAACUGCUUCCAGGUCUUUCUGUCUGCAGAUUCCUUGAAACUUGCUGCAUUUUAGAAACAUCACGUCGGGCAUGUGGUUGGUGGUCCGUGCUUUUCACGCUCUAUGAAACCCCCCAGCUUCCAUUUCAAAGUUCCCUUCCUGUCGUGGGAAUUUCUUCGACCAAACCAUUAUCUCCCCACUGAAGUAUUCGGCAUUCAUCACUUGUCUCUGCUGGACGGAAGCUUCUUACUCAAUCACGUUAUAUAAUUUAUUAACAUAUCACACCUUUUUCAAGCCCACGUUACUCGCUGAGAUACCCAUCCUGGCCAUCCAGGCUCCCCUCACCGUGCAUCCCCUCGUGAGAACCUCGACGUCCACAUCACUGCAGCAACAAACACUCAUCCACACCACUCACUCACAACACGACAAGUAGGGGCACUCACGCCCCCCCAACACACACAGCCAAAAUGUCAUCUCGCAACCGUCAAUCCCGCAACCCCAACCGCAACUCGUCGUCCAGCACCCAAGGCGAGGAAGCCCAGAUCUGGUCCCAAAUCAAAGACGAGAUCCGCGAGCUGGUCGAUUCCAUCAACACCUCCAACGACCAGAUCCGCGCCAUUCUCGCUCAGGACUCUCUGAUUGCCAAGUCACGUGAAGCACAAGCUUCAAAAGAGAAUUCACCCAAUGCUGAAGACAAAACCGACAUUGCAGCCCUAGAACAAACGCUCGACACGCUCAUCCGCGCCGGAGUGGGCGGUGCUGACAUCAGCAAACAAAAACUCCAAGAGGUGAUUGAACAUGUCAUGGUGUUGCGAGCACUAGUCAAGGCGAGGGAGGAGAGCGAAGGGGUGGUGCAUAGCGUGGGCACGCCGGGACCUCAUUCCGGUAGUGCGGGACGGGACAGAAACAGCUCCAGCCUUUUGGGGAGCGGAGGGAGGUCAAGUUCGGCCAGGGGGCAUGCGGGGGGAAAGGGGGAUCGAGGAGGAGAUCGUGAAGGGAGGGGAGAUAGGGACCGUGAUCGGGGUGACAAGGAUCGUGGCGACCGCGGGGACAGGGAAAAGGGGGAGAAAGAAGGGGGCAGAGAUCGGGACCGUAAUUCGGAGAGGCUGGGUGACAAGUUGGGAUUGGGAGACAAGGACAGGGAUAAACACAGCGACCGCGAUCUAAGUUCCAUGUACGACUUUGACGGCGCCGGCGACUCACCUGUCCCUUCUCCUCUGUCAAGUCACACCAGGAAGCUCGGCGGAGCCAAUACUACGGCCGGCAGUGAUAGGGCUUCUACCGCCCGCGACAGCGUGCCUCCCCGCGACACACCCUCCAAGGAUUCCGUCCCUCCGGAACCCAACACCAGCACCACCUCCAACGGCACCACUUCCGCAGGACCUACAACAGCAGGCGCCACCCAACGCGCCAAAGUCAUCUUCCACAAGGGCCAAGACGUAGUCUUCAAGCCCAAAGCCUCCCCGGCGUCGGGAAACGAAACCACCGAGUGGAUGCUGGGACGCGUGCAACAAGUUUCGGGCGAGGGCAAGUCUCGUCGGUAUCGCGUGCAGGACGCCGAUCCCGAUCUGAAGCCGGACGAACGCGUCGAGUACCGCACUUCUGCGUCGAGCAUGAUACCCAUUCCCGCGGCGGGAGAAGAAGAGAAGAAGCUGCCCAAGCUGGAAAAGGGCAAGGUGGUGUUGGCGCUGUAUCCGGAUAGCACGACAUUCUACAAGGCGGAGGUGAUGGGAACCGAAGCCGAGGGCGAGGGAGAGGGCAAGCAGAGGGUCAAGUUGAGGUUUGAGGGAGAGGAGAACAGUGGGACGCUGCAGUUAGUGGAGAGGCGGUUUGUGGUGGAGUAUAGGGCUUAGAAGGCUGAUGUUGGGAUGAGGAAGACGAGGAUAGAAGACCUUUUACGCCUGAACUUUCGGCUCAGCGACCUUGAACUCGGUGAGGAUGGUUCGGAUGGGCACGACUCUAGGGAAAGAAGAGGUAUUGGGGCAAUGACAAGGGCACGGCAAUAUACAUAUGGGUUGCUCGUAUGCCCAGGGAUGGGUUGGAGAUUUUGGUAUUUGGUGGUUAUGCGCAGGAUACGACAUACGGAACAGGCAUGGUUUGUACAAGCAGCGAAUACACCCAGCGGGCUGUUUAGAAUACUGGAUAUAUCAUGGUGGUAUCAACAAUUCAUCCGAUCCAUGAUGACGAGUGUAUGUCUAGUUUCGGUGCGGUUCUCUGCUGUGGCCAGAUUUAAUCAAUGAGUGCUUGUCU